AUGGCGGACUCUGCCGACGCCUUCCUGGCCGGCAUCGAGGAUGAGGUUCGCAACCGUGCCAACAGGGACCAUACCAACGCGUCAUCGGGCCGAGACCGCGAUAGGGACCGAGACCGCGACAGAAAGGAGCGCCGAUCCGGAAGGGACGAAUACGAAGAAGAUCGAAGUGCUUCGUCCAGCUCGCGUAAGAGGAGAGAUGCCGACGAUCGAGACGAUCACGAUCGGUACCCACGCAAGUCGCAGCGUGACGACCGCGACCGGCGCGACAGGGACGAGGAUGAGCAUCGCCGUCGCAGACACAGAGACGACGACUUCUACAGCGGAGGGGGAGGCCGAUCGAGUCGUGAUAGUAGGGAUGGGAGGGACAAUGGCUAUUCGUACAGAAGAGAUCGUCGUGACAGAGGCGAGGACCGAUACUCUGGUCGUAGGGAGCGCUCGAGGUACGACGACGAGGAUUCAUACUACGACCGAGGAGGUCGCAGUCGUGGCGGAGGAGACUGGAGGAGCGCAGAGGGACGUGACAGCAGCCCAUCGGUGCGUCGCAGCCCGACGCCAGAAGGGACCAUUCCCAUCAGCGAGCGUGCCAGGCCUGACUCCAAAUGGGACAUACCUGCACCCGGCUUCGAAGGCACCAGUGCUCUCGCUGCCAAAGCGACAGGCUUGUUCGGCAUCCCUGGUCAGACCAGACUUGUUGGUAUGCCACCUGUCAAUCUGGGUGUGAACGGUCCCGGCGUGCCCCCCGGCGUCGGUCUGCCCUUGCCACCAAUUCACAUGGGCGGGCAGCCCAUCCAUCCGCACCGUGGUGGACCUCAUUCCAGACAGCCUUACCCGUCGCAGCACGAUCAUCACCACCAGCAAGGGAAUGGGCCCUACCCGCCUUCCGGAAUGCAUCAGCAGCAACAGUAUCCGCCGCAGCAUGGCCAUGGACAGCCGUAUUCGCCGCACGGGGGAUACGGUGCCGACAACACUGGCUCUCACCCUUCGUCGCAACAGCAAGGGCCUUCUCCAGCAGAGCUCGCCGCACAGAACGCCAACCGCCAAGCGCGCCGUUUGUACGUCGGCAACAUCACUCAUCAGACCAACGAGCAGAACAUCGUUGCUUUCUUCAACGAGCAGAUGCUCAAGCUCAAGCUCGGCACCGAAGCGGGCGAGCCGGCCGUAUCGGCACAGGUAAACGUCGACAAGGGCUAUGCCUUUGUCGAGUUCCGCCACCCCGAAGAGGCCACCAACGCCAUGUCGUUCGACGGCAUCGUAUUCCAGGCGCAGUCGCUCAAGAUUCGACGUCCCAAGGACUACACCGGUCCCGACAUCCGUCCUCCCUCCAACAUACACGUGCCGGGUGUCAUCAGCACAAACGUACCCGACUCGCCGCACAAGAUCUUUGUCGGCGGUCUGCCGACCUAUCUUACCGACGAUCAAGUGAUCGAGCUAUUGCAAGCCUUUGGCGAGCUUCGUGCCUUCAACUUGGUCAAGGACACUGGAACGGGAGCAUCGAAAGGGUUCGCUUUCUGCGAGUACGUCGAUCCCGCCCUCACCGACCUAGCAUGCCAGGGUCUGAACGGAAUGGAGCUGGGCGAUCGAAACUUGGUGGUGCAACGUGCGAGCGUGGGUAGCGAGAAGAAGGCGCAGGCGAUUGCUGCGACGGGAGCCAAUGCUGGCUCGUUGGGCGGCGCAGCCGUUCCGAGCUCGGUGCAGAAGUUUGCCGGCGAAGGUGGAGACGCCGGCGAACCCACGUCGUGCAUGGUCAUGCUCAACAUGGUCACACCGGAAGAGCUGCAAGACGACGAAGAGUACGCCGACAUUGUCGAAGACAUCCGUGACGAGUGCAACAAGUACGGCGCCGUUUCCGAUGUUCGAAUCCCUCGGCCUGCAAAGGAGAGCAAGGGCGCCGCGGCUCAGCAGUGGAAACGCAGUCAGGACGAGGGUGCAUCGACGACCGCCGACGGUGACGGCCAGGCAACAGCGGCCGAGAGAGAAGGUGUCGGAAGAGUCUAUGUGAGGUACGGACAGACGGAGCAUUGUGCAGAGGCGCUCAAGGCCAUCGCUGGUCGUCAAUUCGGUGGAAGGACCGUCAUCUGCGCGUUUCUGAAGGAGGAGGACUGGCCAGGCGAUGAGGAUGGUGGUCAAAAUGCCGACGACACUGCUGCUCAGGCGAAAGGCGCUGCUUCUGGUGCCUAG